CAAGAAUCGAACCUUGCUGUCAGCGCCAUGCCGACUGUGAAGUCAUGGACAUCAGAGGAUGUCUCGCAUUGGUUGGCAGAAAUUGGUUUUGAGAAGCUGGUGGAGGGCUUCUGCCAAGAAGAAGUUGAUGGAGAGCUGCUCCUUGAGCUGACGAAUGAGGAGCUGAAGGACGAAUUUGGCUUGAAGUUGGGCGAUCGCAAGAAGCUCCUGGCCCGAAUCCUGGAGCUCAAGCAGGCCGACGAGUUGCCGCGGGCCGCAGUCUUGGACUCGCACAGCCAAAAGCCUAUGCCGGCAAUGCCCAACUUUGACAAGCUGUACCUCCUGGACGGCCGCAACAUUGCCUGCCAAGGAGAAAGCUUUGAGAAACCGAGCUUGACGAAGUUGAGGAAGGCGUUGAGUUGGCAUCUGGAGCACCGGCCAGACUGGAAGGUCUUGGCCUUCGUGUACGAGGCCUUGGUGGAUCAAUGGAAGGAGGAGCAUCCUGAGGAGAUGUCUCCUUUGUCGGAGCAGCUGAUCAUCACGCCGCGGCGUGAGGACGUGGACAAGUUCAUCAUACGGAAGGCGGUGGACGCCACGAAGUGCGGAAGCGCGGUGAGGAUCGUGUCCAACGAUAACUUCCGGGACUACAUCGGCGAGCUGCGAGAUUUCAACUUCUCGGAGGAUUGGGUGCGUGAGCAUGUGGUGAAGUUUUGCUUUGCCGGGGACGACUUCAUCCCGGCCGACGGCUUUGGAGAAGCGCUGCCUCCUAUGAAUCAGCCAAAGCCGUCGGAGCAACUGCUGAGGGAAGUCGCAGAGCUUGCAGAGCCUCCAGGACUUCCGGUCCUGCUCACGGGCAGGGGAGCGCAGCACCCGUCUCAGCUACAGAUCGCUGCAGGUGUUCAAGAGGUGAGAUGUCCGCAUCGCAGAUGCCCCUUGCGAAUGAGUAUCAAGGAGUCGAAGGGCGGCUUCGUUGUGCAAAUGACAGGCUUGGAAACACCCGCCGCACGUGCAGAGCAGCCAAUUCUGAAGCUUCGGAGGCAGAGGAGUCUGAAGACUUGGUGCCCGACCUGCAAGCGACCGCUGGAGUUGCGAAGCCAAAGGGCCGAGCAAGUGCCCAUGAAUCGAUGCCGGCGCAGAGGCAAAGGCACCGCCUUUGUCACAGUGCUCUUUGGCCCUGAUGAAGAACUGCUCCAGCGUUUCGUGUUGGGAGCGCUGGUGCUAGGACAUUCCUUGAAGAUGAGUGAGACACGGUUUGACCUGGUGUUGCUGCACACGGCCGACGUGAUGAAUGUGCCCGGGGCAGGGCUUCUGGAAGUCUAUUGGACAACGCGUGAGGUGGACUACCUGGAAGCUGACUCAAAGUUGACCUGUCGAAGCGAGGAGCGUUUCCGCCACGUCUUCACGAAGUUGCAGGUUUUCGGGUGCGAUGACUAUGAACGGGUGGUUUUGCUGGACAUCGAUUUGCUGGUGAGAGACAACAUCGACGAGCUGGCUUAUUUGAAGCCUCCUUGUGCUUUGCGCCGGGGGCACAAGAGUUUGCCUAUGGAUGUGGACGUCUCCUUGUCCUGCUAUGAUCGUCAGGGACGACCUCGUUUUGGGAUGAAUCUGGGAGUGGCUGUGCUAAAGCCCAGUCAGGAGGAGCUCCAAAAAAUGCAGGCAUCCAUCAGAAGCAGGGAUCCUAUGCAUGAGGCUUCUAAUGGACCGGAGCAAGAUUUCUUGAGCCGUUGGUUCAAGAAUUGGGCAUCCAUGGACCUCAAGUACAACUACCAGCUUCAUCAGUUGGCGCAUUCGAUGGAUCACGCCGGUGCUGAGGCAGAAAGGCUGCAGUUGCGAUUCGACAAUGUGAAAGUCUUGCAUUACAGCGGCAAGCUGAAACCCUGGGACUACUACUUCGAGGGCUCGCAGAGCUUUUCCAGCUUUUGCGAAGACAGAUUGCUGCCGGCAUACAUCCCACACGUCGGCGAAGGUUCAGCAUGCUUAAAGGAAACGAUUCGACGGGCGGCAACGGAGUGGAACGAGCAGUGUAAAGCCAUGUGGCAAGAUCUGGUGAGGCGAUGUUCGGCUUCUGGCAGGUGCCAGCUGUGCGAUCAGGAUGUCCCAAGCGAGAUGCAGCUCGAGCAUUGCUUCGUGCAAUGUCCCGAAAUCAGCGCUUUGGCGGAGCUGAGAGUCACCCCAGAGGAAGUUCGGCAUCCGGAGCCCCAGGAGUUCCCGCGUAUCCUGGCAUGCGUCGCCGGUGUUCUCGAGCGGCGCCGAUGGUUGGCUCGUGCCAAAGAGACCGAGGAAGGCAACACUUCAGAGGAAGAGACAUGCGAACCCAUCUCCGAGACCCAAGAUUCCAGAGGGAGCACUUCGCCAGGGCAAUCCAGCGAGGCGGUCGCCAAGCCUUCACUGCCUGCAACGCCGGCAGACCCGAAGGUUCUGCAUUUGGUCUUGCAGCCCCAGAGAUCUUAUGAGGAUUCCCCGUUGGGUCGCUUCAGGGAGAAGAUCAUGCAGGAAGUGGCCACCAAUCGCGUGACAAUCAUCGUGGCUCCGACGGGCUGCGGGAAGUCUACCAGAAUUCCACAGAUGAUCCUGGAUGAGGACCGGGAGUCUCGCAUCUUGGUGACGCAGCCCCGCCGCAUUGCCGCCACGAGCCUUGCGCGGCGAGUGGCCGCGCAUCGAGGCGUAGCGCUCGGAAGCGAAGUGGGCUACAAAAUCGGAGGAUGCAGCGAGGUGUGCCGGUCUGGCGGCACUCGGCUGAUAUUCGCCACCACGGCCAUUGCCAUGAUCCAGUGUCUCCAGGAUUGCUCCAGCUUCACGCAUUUGAUUAUUGAUGAAGUACACAUCAGAGAUGCGCACAUCGACUUCUUGUUGAGUCUGGUUGUCACGAAAGUGCUUCGACACAACACGCAAGUAAAAAUCAUUCUGAUGUCUGCUGCCAUGGAUGCUGCAAAGAUCGCGACGUACUUUGCAAGUGGUUUAGGCGGCACUGUGCCAAAGCCUUUGGAUCUGGAGCAGUGCAGGCCAUUUCGGCUGGACAUCAAGUACAUGGAUGACUUGCCUUUUUUCAGAGAGCGUUCACUCAGUCGGCGAGGACAAGACGGUGCUUGGGAGCAGUUCGGAUUUCCUGCCGAGUGGUCUCAGGAAGAGGUGUCUGACUUGUAUGCGGAUUUCAUCCGAUGGUGUCACGAGGAGCGAGCCAGGCGCAAAGAUUUGGCCUCCUUCUUGAUCUUUUUGCCUGGGAAGCGAGAGGUGACGCUCCUGCGUGAGAGGCUUGAGGAGAUCCGCAACUUGAAGGUGCAAUGCAUCUUUGGCGGGCAGACGAUUGAAGAGCAGGAGAGGGUCCUGUCAGAGUCUCAGGAUCACGCGCGCACGGUGAUCUUGGGGACUGAUGUCAUCGAGUCCUCUGUGACGAUCCCUGAUGUGGAUUUGGUCAUAGACACCUGCGAGCAGAAGCGCCUCCGUUGGGAUGCAGGAAGAAAACAAAGCCUUCUCACCUUAGUCUUGGUGAGUCAGGAUGAGGCCAAGCAACGCUCUGGUCGAACUGGCCGGGUCCGGGACGGGGAAGUCGUCCGCUUGAUUAGCAAGGAGUCCUAUGAUCGUUUGCAGAAACACGCAGAGCCGCAGAUCAAGCACAGCAGGUUGGAAGAUCUGCUCCUUUCCAUCUUCGAGUUGCCCAACCUGGGGGAUCCCCGAGAAUUCCUGUCGAAGAUGCCCGAUCCGCCUCCUGCGGACCGUGUGGAUCGGGCCAUCGUCCGGCUUUUGGAGCUCAAUGCCUUGGCGAAGUCGAAAACGCAGGAGAUGUGGGACGCUGUGAUGUUUCCGUACAUUUGA